UGCAAUGGACUAUCUCCACAAUGGCUAUUCAACGCCUGUGGUGCAUUGUGACUUGAAGCCAAGCAAUGUCUUGCUAGAUCAAGAAAUGGUUGCUCAUGUAAGUGAUUUUGGCAUUGCAAAAAUGUUAGGUGCAGGGGAGGUUUUUGUUCAGACAAGGACAAUUGCAACCAUUGGAUAUAUUGCUCCAGAGUAUGGACAAGAUGGAAUAGUAUCCACGAGUUGUGAUGUUUAUAGUUUUGGCAUCCUAAUGAUGGAGACGUUCACACGAACAAGACCAAGUGAUGAAAUAUUUACCGGAGACUAUAGCAUACAACGUUGGGUUAGUGAUUCAUUUCCGGGUGAAAUUCACAAGGUGGUGGAUUCUAAUUUGGUGCAGCCAGGAGAUGAACAAAUCGAUGCAAAGAUGCAUUGUUUGUUUUCUAUCAUGGAAUUAGCUUUGAACUGCACUACAAUGAGACCUGAUGCAAGAAUUAGCAUGAAAGAUGCUCUUUCAACACUCAAAAAGAUGAGGCUCCAGCUUGUCAGUAGUCGGCACUAG